AAUUGCUAGCAGCGGGUUUCUCUGUGGAGCAAGCCGCGUACUACAGUCAGUCGUACGAGAAGGCUAAGCAGCGGCAGCAGUGGCUACAUGCAUGGGAUGCAGCUCGCCCGUGUCUACUAAACGGUGGGGCUAUCGAUGGGAAUUGUGCUGAGAUUGGUCUGCUAGCUACCUUCUUGUGCCGCGCGCAGCCGCUGCUUGCCUUUCGCACAGAGUGGUGCAUCUGGGCCACAGAAGAAAAGCUGGCAGGUUGCAUCGAUUUCGCAGCUUGUCGAUUGCAAACGUACAAAUACGAAAAUCCUUGGCACGCCUUGGCGGAGCCAUUAGAGCACCUGCCAGAGGCGCAGGGUGUCAAGUACCACUUGCAGCUCAACAUCUACCGCUUUAUCUUGGACAAGUACUAUGGGCACAUAGUCUCUUCCAUGCUUGUUGUAUGUCUCCAUCCUGAGCUGCAAGAUGGACAUUGGGCCGAUGUUGUACCUGCGAUGCCUGCUGAAAUCUGUGCAAUCAUGCAGGUACGUCGUGAUGAGGUUAGAAGACAGUGCUUCUGGCUUCACCCUGUCCAUUGCUCAGAGUCAUGCUACCGCAUCAGAUGUUUGCCACCACUUGGAAGAUGA